AUGAUGACAAAAAAAUAUCAAAAUAUUCAAAUGAAUGAUAACGAAAUACUAAGUCCUACUAAAAAAGGCAUAAAGUUAGAUGUAAGUAAGUUAAAUAUCUUAAAUUUUAAUAAUAUUUCAAAAAAUGAAGAAAAAAAAAAAAAUGAAAAUUAUAUAAUUGAUUAUAAUAAAAUAAAAAAUAGUACACAAGAAUUUUAUAUAGAAAUAAAUCAAAAAGACGAAAUAACAAAUAAUAGUGCUAUAAUAAAAAAAGCAAAAUAUAAUUUUGAUAAAUCGUCAUCUUCCGCUUCCUCUUCAUCGACAUUAUAUUCAUAUUCUUCUGAAAGUAAUUCAUUGAUUAAUGACAAUAAUAAAACAAAUAAAGAAAAAAAUAAAAUAAAAAUAAAUAGUGAUAAUAUCAGUGAAAAUAUGAAAAAAAAACAAAAAAAACAAAUUUUACAUCGAUAUAAUUUAAAAAAAAAAAAAAGUGAAGAAGAAACAAAAAAAUUCUCAGAAAAAAAAAUAAAUAAUAUAAGUGAAAUAAAACAUGAUAAGCAUAAUUUUAACUUACUGAAAUGUGAUACAAAAAAUAAAAAUAACGAUGACAAAAAUAUAAAAAUAUUAAAAAAUGAAAAUGAUAAAGAAUUAAUUAAAAAAAACAAUUCAAAAUUGCUAAUGAAAAGAAAUAAUAAAUACAUUUCAAAAGAUGGAGAUACAAAUGAAAAUAUCAAAAAAAAGAAAAGAAAAGAAAUGCAUGAUACAAAUAUAAAUGAAGAAAAUAUAAAUUCGAAGCAAAAAGGAAAAAAUUAUAUUGAAAGUAAUAAAAAUAUACUAAAUUUAAUAAAAAGUAAUACUAUUAAUCUGGUUAAGGAAAAUUACUGCGAGUAUGAAGACGGAAUAAUAUACGAAAGUAUAUUGAUAAAUGGUGUAAAAUAUUCCAUAAAUGAUAAUGUUAUGAUAUAUUAUUCACUCAAUAAUAGUAAUGAUGAAAACGUUUAUACAAUAAAAAAAGGGAAAAUAUCAGGAUUUUAUAAGAAUUUAAAUAGUACUAAUGUAGAAGUAGAAAUUUGUUUAUAUUAUGAUAAAAACGAUGAAAUAUAUAUAAAAGAAUUAGAAAAAAAACAGAAAUCAAGAAGAUCAAAAGGAGAUUUUAUAGAUUUUCUUGAUGAAAAAAAAAGAGAUUUUUACUUAUUAGGAAAUGUGGAAUUUAAAAUAUUAGAUGCUAAAUUAAUUUUGAAAAAAAUAUAUGUAUAUAAUGAAAAGAAACUAUUUGAAGAAGAUAUUACUUUAAUUAAAGGAAAAGAAAAAUUUUUAUGUACACAUUAUUUAAAAGAAAGAGAAGAUAAAAUAUGUGAAAUACAAAAUGAAGAUCAUUGGGACAAUUUAGUAUUAGGUUCCAGUGAUUUAUAUUAUUAUUUUUCUAAUAAUAAAAAAAAUAACAAAAGCAAAUCCUUGAAAUUAAUAAUAGAAAAAUUAAAAAUAAAUGAAGAAAUGGAUAAUGGAAAAAAAGAAGGGACAAAUAAUAAUUUUCAUAAUUUAGGAAAAACAAGUACUACAACAAAUGCUAAAAGUAAAAACGUAAAUUAUAAGGCAAAUAAAUCGAAAACAUCAACAAACAAAGAAAAUGUAAAUUUAAAAAAUUUUGAAGAUUUUAAAGAUAUAUCAUUUAAGAAUAUGCUAAAACAGGAUCAAGAAAAUUAUUAUGUUAAUUUAUUAAGUAAUAUAAAGGACCCUACUGAUAAGGCAAUCAGAAUGAUGCAGUUAGAUGUAGUUCCUAAAUAUUUGCCAUGUAGAGAAAAAGAGAUAAAAGAAGUUCAUGGAUUUUUAGAAUCAGGUAUAAAACAAUCGGGUAGUAAUCAAAUUUUGUAUAUAAGUGGUAUGCCAGGAACUGGAAAAACGGCUACUGUAUAUAGUGUAAUUCAAUUAUUACAAAAUAAAAGUAAACAAAAAUUAUUACCACAAUUUAACGUUUUUGAAAUAAAUGGAAUGAAUGUUGUUCAUCCUAAUGCAGCAUAUCAAGUUUUUUAUAAACAAUUAUUUAAUAAAAAACCACCAAAUGCUUUAAAUUCCUUCAAAAUUAUUGACAGAUUAUUUAAUAAAAGUCAAAAAGAUAAUAGAAAUGUAUCUGUUCUAAUAAUUGAUGAAAUUGAUUAUUUAAUUACAAAAACACAAAAAGUUCUUUUUACUUUUUUCGAUUGGCCAACUAAAGUAAAUAGUAAACUAGUAUUAAUUGCUAUAUCAAAUACAAUGGAUUUACCAGACAGAUUAAUACCAAGAUGUAGAUCUCGUUUAGCUUUUGGUCGUUUAGUAUUUAGUCCAUAUAAAGGAGAUGAAAUAGAAAAAAUAAUUAAAGAAAGAUUAGAAAAUUGUAAAGAAAUAAUUGAUCAUACAGCUAUCCAAUUAUGUGCUAGAAAAGUAGCAAAUGUAUCAGGAGAUAUAAGAAAGGCAUUACAAAUUUGUAGAAAAGCAUUUGAAAAUAAAAGAGGACAAAAAAUAGUUCCAAGAGAUAUUACUGAAGCAACUAACCAACUUUUUGAUUCUCCUCUAACAAAUGCUAUUAAUUAUUUACCAUGGGCAUUUAAAAUAUUUCUUACUUGUAUUAUAAUCGAAUUAAGAAUACUUAAUGAAUUUAUUAUUCCUUUUAAAAAAGUCGUUAAUAGAUAUAAAACAAUAAUAGCAACUAGUGGAAGAUAUAUUGGUAUGUGUAGUGAUCAUGAACUUUUUAAAAUUAUGCUCGAUAAGUUGGUAAAAAUGGGUAUUCUUUUAAUUAGACCUUAUAUACCUCUAGAAACCUUAUCAAAUAGAAAAACAAAAGAAGCUCUAUUAGGUUUUAAUGAAUCUUCAAAAAAAGGUGAAUAUAGAAGUGGUAAAACACAAGUUAGUGCAGAUAUUGAUAAAGAAUCAGGUGAUAUGGGGCUAGAAGUUAACGUUGAGACUCAAUUAAUAGUUACGGCAUUGAUGAAAGACCCAGAAUGUUCAAAAAAAUUGAAUUUUUACUAA